CAUACAGCCAGAGGCUUCCGCAAUGUCAGGACGGAACGGAUAUAAACAGGAUAAAGUUGCCUUUUUUGUUAAAAGAAGUCUUCAGUAAUGCUUCAUAUUGCAUCAGACAAGAAUGACCAUCAGUUCAGAAACCAUGGACAUGGACCAAAACCACAAACAAAAACCCAUGGUUUAUCAGAAGUUGGAAAGUAUAAUGCAGGAAAUGCAGCAUCCCAAAACUGGAGUUCCUGUCAAGAGUCAGAAAACAUUUCUGUCAACAAUCCCAUCAGUGUUUACAGGUUAUGACUUGGUAACUUGGCUUCGCCACCGUCUGAACAUCCCUGAGGACGAAACCCAGGAUGCACUUCACCUUGCCACCAUUCUCUGCCAGUAUGGCUACCUAUUUCCUGUUACUGAUGCAAAAAAUCACACAGUUAAAGGGGACAUCUCACUGUACAGAUUUCAGUGUCCAUUUUACUGGCCGUCACAAAACAUGGAGCCGGACAAUGUUACUUAUGCAAUCUACUUGACAAAGAGAUCUUCAAGAAAUAAACAGAAGCAUGGUCUGGAUGAACAUGAACAGACUGCAUUCAACAAACUGCAGAAAAUGCUAGUUGACAAAUGGGAGAUGAUUCGUGCUCAGGCUCAGGAACAAAUCAGAAUCGCCAAAGACCGGAAGAAGAUGGACAAGCGGAUUCACGACAGUCAGGAGAGAGCGUUCUGGAAGAUCCAUCGUCCUCCGCCAGGUCAGAUGAAGUUUGUAGAAGAGGGAGCCAAGAGGAACUUCCAACCCCAUCAAAUACGACAAAGAAAGAAAAACAAAGAUUUUCUCCUAAGAGAGAUAAACUAUUUACGGAAUGCAGUUAAUAGGAGUAGAAUAAGAACUUCGAAAGCCAUAGAAACUUACUUGUUGUGGUUUGAGCACUAUGAAGACAACGACCCGUUUAUAACGUCAGUAAAACCCUCCAACCCAUGGAUGAGUGACGAUACAACAUUCUGGGAUCUCUGCAACGACUACAUCGAAACUCCAACUGAGAGACGCGUGAAGAGAUGGGCGAUUAGUUUCCAUGAGCUGCUGAAUGAUGCCACUGGGCGUGAGGAGUUUGAGAAGUUCCUCAAGAAGGAGUACAGCCAGGAAAACAUCCGCUUCUGGAAGGCGUGCGAGGACCUCAAGUUCUGUCCGCAGUCAGAGGUGCGGGCAAGAAUUGAACAAAUUUACUUAGAAUUUCUCACCCACGGAUCAGCCCAUGAAGUUAAUUUGGAUGGAAAGACGAUGGAAAUAGUUCAGAAGUAUCUCAAAGAAAAUAGAAACUACAGGUUUACAUUUGAGGCAGCCCAGGAACAUAUCUUUUUGCUAAUGAAGAAAGACAGCUACGCUCGCUUUCUCCGAUCUGACCAAUAUAAAGCACUGCUGGUAAAUGCUAUUCAACCCGAAGGCAAGAAAAAGUUCUUCAACUUUGGCUCGAGUCGUAAGAAGAACCUAACGCCGAGUCCCCAGCCAAACCGACGGAGUAGUGGGGGAGGAGAUUCAGCUGACGGCUCCUCCAAUGUCGCACACCACUCCUACAGCACCGGAAACCUGAAAGAUCUCGACGAUAAGGUCGUGAUAAUGAGAAAAGAACAGAAUUCUUCGGAUUCUAGUUUACCGCGGUGGUAUCUUUCCAGUGAAUCGUCGUCUCCGCUGAUGCAUCGGAAGUCAAAGGCCGAGAGCCCUCGCAGGAGCAAGCUCGAAGUACCAAAGCAUCUUUCAGUUAACUUUGGGGAGACCUCCAAAGGGGAUGCACCGACCUGCUUGGCACUUGCUGUUCCCACAAAGACUAAUAUUGUAGCACCUUGGGAUGGGCCGGAGUAGACAAGAGUUCCGCAGAUCAAAUGCUAAUUAUUGAGAGCUGCAAAGUGUUCUUUCACUGUAGUGUGCGAUGGCCUGCCUCGACGAAACACGUGUAUAUAGACAGUUGUAGGCACAUGCAAAAUAUUGUUGAAUAAAACAUAAGUUAAAAAUUGAUUAGUUAUAUGUAUGUAUGUAUGUAUGUAUGUAUGUAUAUAUAAUAUAUUUACUGCCAUUGCCCACAGCUAGCGUUACAAUAAGAUGUAGAACUCGGUGUCAGACUUAGGGCUAAGGAAGAAACUGAAAUCACUUGGGUUGCAUGCUUUAGAGGUCUUUGCUGUGCUUAGAAGUCCCAUUGGAAGUUUGAUCUCAAAGGAUGAAACCAAAAGUUCCACUGGAUUGAAUAGUCCCAUUACUUAAAGAUUUCCAUUCUACAGACUAGGACCAGAGACUCCUGUUUUUAAAGGCUGUGACUUAAGUUAUAAAUGACUACGGGUCUUAAGUACCUGUAGUUCAUUUCUGAAGGCUGGAAGAUCCCACUCAGCAAAAUUGAAUGAGACUAAAUAGGUUCAACACUUGAAGUUUAAUUGUUAAACAGAAAGACAAUAAUAGUCCCACUGCUAGGAGUUUAAUUCUAAAAACUGGGACUAAAUAGUAGUCCUGCCACUUGGCGAUAAUUCUAAAGACUGACUAAAUAGUAGUCCUACUGCUAGAAGUUCAGUUCUUAAGGUACAAAUGUAAAUACUGAAUAUUGAGCCCACUGCUGGCAUUUUGAUUCUAAAGACUAGAACCAAAUAGUAUUGCUACUUCAUGAAGUUUAAUUCUAAAGACUAGAACCAAAUAGUAUUGCCACUUCAUGAAGUUUAAUUCUAAAGACUAGAACCAAAUAGUAUUGCUACUUCAUGAAGUUUAAUUCUAAAGACUAGAACCAAAUAGUAUUGCUACUUCAUGAAGUUUAAUUCUAAAGACUAGAACCUAAUUCUAAAGACUAGAACCAAAUAGUAAUUCUGCUUCUUGAAGUUUGAUUCUAAAGACUAGAACCAAAUAGUAAUUCUGCUUCUUGAAGUUUGAUUCUAAAGACUGUGACUAAAUAAUACUGCUACUUCUUGCAGUUUAAUUCUAAAGACUGACUAAAUAAUACUGCUACUUGGAGUUUAUUUCUAAAGACUGACUAAAUAAUACUGCUACUUGGAGUUUAUUUCUAAAGACUGUGACUAAAUAGUAGUUGUACUCCAGGGCCUCAUUUUGACGAAGCAAUCAUUGCACUACCUUAUGGACUUAAGACGAUCUUAGUGCAAAGAUCGCCUUGUAAAACUGUGCCCAUGAGUUUAAUUUUAAAUCAAUUGAAAGUGGGGACUCCAUACUUGAAGUGUAACACUAAAGGUUGGGUUGGAAAACUUGAAUUUCAAUUCUAAAGUUUUGGACAUAAUGAUCUAAACCAAAAGCCUUUGUGGAAGAACUUGGAUAACCGUAUAUAUAUUAUUUCUGAUUUUAGCCAUGUAUGUCCUGAGACUGGCACCGACACUGAUGAAAGUACUGUAAUAUGCUUAGGCUGUUAUCUUGUAAUAUUUCACUCAUACCAUGCGUUGCAAUUCAAUGUGAUAUUUUAUUCUAGAUGUCUGUUUGAUAAAUACAUUGGUUUGUCUGGA